AGUAUUUAGCUGGUGGACCUCAGCUGUCUUCCGUGCUGCCUGCAAAAACAACAGCUCGCCAACUGGUUCGGUUAGCUCCUUCGUUCUCUUUCCGCGGAGGUCCUCCGUGGAGUGUCCUCUGGCCGAGCCGUACAGUCUUGCUUGGUCGGCGGGAGGACGAGCGGGCGACGGAGGGGAAGACAAUGGACCAAUGCGUGACGGUGGAGCGCGAGCUAGAGAAGGUGCUUCAGAAGUUCUCCGGCUACGGGCAGCUGUGCGAGCGGAGUUUAGAAGAGCUGAUCCAGUACGUGGCAGGGCUGCGUCGCGAGAUCCUCCAGAGCGAAAAUCCAGAUGAAGAUCUAUCAGGUACAAUAUCACUUGUUAUGACCCAAUGUUGUAAACGAAUAAAGGACACAGUUCAAAAAUUGGCUUCGGAUCAUAAGGAUAUCCACAGUAGUGUUUCUCGUGUUGGGAAAGCAAUUGAUAAGAAUUUUGACUCUGACAUUAGCAGUGUUGGAAUAGAUGGAUGUUGGCAGGCUGAUAGCCAGAGGAUUCUGAAUGAAGUUAUGGUUGAACAUUUUUUCCGGCAAGGAAUGUUAGAUGUAGCUGAGGAGCUUUGUCAGGAGUCUGGACUUUCUAUAAACGAAAGUCAAAAGCAACCAUUUGUGGAGCUGAACCGAAUAUUGGAAGCACUUAAAGUUAGAGUUUUGAGACCUGCAUUGGAGUGGGCUGUUUCGAACAGAGAAAUGCUUAUGACACAGAAUAGUUCCUUAGAGUUUAAGCUACAUAGAUUAUAUUUUAUUAGUUUAUUAAUGGGUGGAACUGCAAAUCAGAGAGAAGCAUUGCAGUAUGCAAAAAACUUUCAACCAUUUGCUCUCAAUCAUCAAAAAGAUAUUCAAAUUUUGAUGGGAAGUCUUGUAUACCUGAGGCAAGGAAUUGAAAAUUCUCCAUAUGUCCAUUUACUAGAUGCAACUCAAUGGGCAGACAUAUGUGACAUUUUUACAAGGGAUGCUUGUGCAUUAUUGGGACUCUCAAUUGAAUCACCUCUUAGCGUCAGCUUUUCAGCAGGUUGUGUAGCAUUGCCAGCUCUAAUUAAUAUAAAGGCUGUGAUAGAACAAAGACAAUGCACUGGUGUUUGGAAUCAGAAAGAUGAAUUACCAAUUGAAGUGGACCUUGGCAAAAAGUGCUGGUAUCAUUCAAUAUUUGCUUGCCCCAUCCUUCGUCAACAAACAACAGAUAACAACCCGCCCAUGAAGCUGGUUUGUGGUCAUAUUAUAUCAAGAGAUGCUCUGAAUAAAAUGUUCAAUGGCAGCAAAUUAAAAUGUCCUUAUUGUCCUAUGGAGCAGAGUCCUGGGGAUGCCAAACAGAUAUUCUUCUGAGAACACAAAAGAUUAUAUGUGUGUGAUCUGGAACACUAAAAUAGGCAAAUGUUCCAUUGUAUGCUGUACAUACGAAGGAGACUUCUUUUGAGUCUGAUGCUCCAGAAAUUUUUGCCAACAUUUAUUGCAGAUGUACAGUUUGGAAAAGCUCCAGAUGUAAUAUCUGUUAUAGGGCUUUUACUGUAAUCUUGGUCAUCAUAUCUGAUCAAGAUAUUACACCAGCAGUCAUUCAAUGCAGAUUUUUUUUGUACUUAAUUCUAUGGUGACUUUGCUUUAUAAAGUAGAAACCAGUCACCAUAUAAUUCUAAUAUUUGUCCUGCUGUUAUCAUUCUGAUUGAUUAUUGUCACCAUAAAGAAUGUGAAGGAAUUUUUUUCAUUAGCAUGUAAAUAAUUAAGAGAAGAUUUCAGGAAAAAAGUUUAAAAAUUGAAUAUCGGAUAUACUUGUAUUCCUCUUAUUAUUUUUCCAAGUCAGAACUCUGACAAUUUUCAGAGAGUUUUUUCCCCUCCUGUUGGAACAUUUCCCCCACUUUUAAAUGCUACCUAAAUUCUAUCUAAAUGUGCUUAUAUAUAAAUUGCAUAAUAUUUGUAUAAGCAUAACAGAUUUCCAAUCAUUUCUGAUUUAGAAAAAUAGCAAGUGAAUAACGUUUCCUACCCUUGGAUGUAGGAAACAUAAAUUUGUUUCAAUUGUUUUCAUAACCAAGAGUUCUUUGGGUAGCUAAAAGUAUUCAAUAUCACAGAGUUGUAGAAUGGAAAAAUUUUCCUGGUAAUACUUGUUCUUCAGGGUUUGUUUUUUUUAGUUAUACUGUAAUUUUAAUUUAAUUUGAUUUCAAGAUCAGUGUCUUGUUGCUGUACAGUUUACUAGACAUGAUUGUUACAUUAUUUAUAGUUAUCAGAACCAAAUAAAUACACUGUUGCUAAUGUUCAUUGUUAAGAAGGGGAAUAAAAGGUGUUUUACUAGUCUUUUUAUCCCUGGAUUGGAUCUCCAUCUUAGAAAUAAAUAUAUCUUCAGUUGUUAAGAGCGUUGUGCCAGUGUCCAUGUCCCCUUUAAUAUCAUGAUAAUAUCAUUUUAUUCUUAAAUUUAUUAUACUGGUGACAAAGCAAAUAUCUAGAUUAGAAACUUUAAACUGGAUUUGAUUACCAUUCUCCCUACCUGGUGAAUAUUGAGUAUCAUAGUCAGGAAGAAGAAACUAGUAGAUUCUAAUAUUCAAAGUCUUGCCAAUUUGCAGUGGCCUGGAUUCUCUGGGAAAAGCUAGGAUAGGUAAAGGAUUAUGCAUUUGUACUAUAAAUAUUAUCCAAAGUGAAUAUGUACUUAUAAAUUUGAUGUGCAUUAUAGCAAAUGUGUGCAUUCAUUGCACUCUCCUACAAUAAAGCAGAGGAGCUAUUUGAUAUUUAUUGCUACCAAGAUUCCAUCUUUCAAUGACUGGAUACUAAAAUAAUUAAAUCUACUGGCCCAGCGUGUUACACAGAAAAAUGUUCACAAAGGUUUUACAUGUUCUGAUAAUUGGUCAUAAUCCCAAAGAAUAUACCAAUGCAACCUGACACUAUUGUUCAAAUAGAAAAAAAAGAAGUAAAACUGUACACUGUAUUCUGAGUUACUUCUAUAACAUGCUUCUAUAGAAAUUUAAUAAAGAUAAUGAGAAACAAGUAAAAGUGUUUUCUGUUCAGGUUCAAAUCUCAGUGAAUUUGCUUUUAUCGUAAUAAGAGAACUGCACUUGUGUGAGUCAAAUAUAUUCUACUCAGUGACAUAAGAAAAAAUUGAAAAUGUAGCAGUGUAAUACACAACUAUAUUCAAGUCCCAAAGGUGCUUUUUUCAAAGAGGCAACUGGACUUUUUGGUUUUGUUUGAAGAUGUUUUGCUUCUCAUCCAAGAAGCUUAUUCAGCUCUGUCUGGAUGGUGGGAAAUGGAGUGGGGAAAAAACACAAAGUCCAGUUGCCUCUUGAAAAAAGCACCUUUGAGACAACCAUGACCUGGAUUUACCAAGAAUCUCCAAAGAAACUCUACUCAAGGGGAACAUUUAUAAUGUAAGGAUAUUUGCAGAUGUCAUGUAUGUGGCCCAUCAAUUUCAAUGAGUAUUGGGGUUUUGUAAAUGUUUGAUAGAAAACUUUUUUUACUCCAAGAAACUAUGCUAGUUUGCCUAUUUUAUAUGUAAGGAUUGAUAUCUUUAUACUAAAAUAUAAGGACUGAUAUCAUUUUAGUGGACUCCAAAACAAAAGUGGAGUUUAUCCUUCCUAAGAUCACUGGGGAAUAUAUUAGUUCGUAGCUAUUUUAUUCUGGGAGAGAUGGCUGCAUUGUUUUUAAACCCAGAGAUUGGAGUUUUACCCCAUCAGUUGUAUGAUGGAAUGCCAUGGUAAAUAUGAACUAUGAUGUUCUACACUUUUUUUUAGAAUUUAGAGUUAUGUGUGAAUUAUUGUUGAGCUUUUUCAUUAAUCUUACAGUUUUGUUUUUCUUGAAAACAAUACACUAUAAACAGAUAUAGUUUAUUUUAGCAAACAUUUCCCAAUUAUUUGAUUCAAAGCACAGGCCAUCUUGCCCUUGAGAUCUUCAUUGAUAUGACUGACGUGACGAAACACCUGUCACUCUGGGGAGUGAUAAUAAAAAUAAUACCUACAAACAUGUUUUGUGGUUAUAACAUGUUUGUGAGUUGUGUGCUAGAUCAGUAUUUCUCAACCUCAGCAAGUUAUAUGGACUUCAAUUUCCAGAAUUAUGCAGUAGUAUGUUGGUUGGGGAAUUCUGGUAGUUGAUGUCCAUACAUCUUAAAGUUGUUGAGAAACACUGCUAGAUUAUCAUUUUGCAAAUAUAUAUAUAUUCUUUUUCAGUACACACAAGCUAAGGCUCAGUUUUGAUAGCUUU